AUGAAUGCGUGUUCUGAGAGCUGUUGCAGACUAUCAAGUGACGGUGAUCCAAAUGACGCAGCCGAUCAUAAGAAAACAGCAAUGAUGUCAUCAGUUCUCAUACGAGGUUCAGAAGGUCUUUGUCCAAUCGAAACUGUUCUUGGUCAUGUGAUUGCAUGUUUCAGUCUGGGGAAGCUGUACCAAAUGCAGAGUCAUCGCAAAACAGAUGUUGAGAUAACGUUUACUGCUUGGACAAGAGGGAGUAUCAUAAAUGAAACACUGCAAGGCUGCAAGAGUUUCAUUCAUAUGGCAUCCUUACUACAACAUUACUUGUACCAUAUAGAUCUACCAGCAUGUCAGGGAACAGAAUCAGAAUAUGAAGUCCUAUUAAAAUUCUUGAAAUUAUCAGAUGAAAUCAAAGGGCCUGUUGAUGCAGGUGUACUUGCAACCGUCACUAAAUGGUGUAUGCAACUAGAUGAAGUGGCAAAACAGUCUGUCUCAGAAACACAGCAACUGCUGGCAUUGAAUCACAUAAACUUUUUGGCACCACAUCUAAUUCAACUGCCACAAGAAUUCAGCAAGUUGUUCCAGUACUAUAGCAAACUAACAUGUAGUCUAUGUACUGCUGUCCGCAGGAGCCCAACACUCUGCCUAGUUUGUGGAAGCCUUGUUAGUUUACAUACCACUUGCUGCAAGCAGAGGCCUAGCAAUGAAGGUCUUUCGCAUGCUCAACAAUGUGGAUCUGGCACAGCCAUCUACCUAUCUAUUGAUUCGUCAAACAUUUAUAUAUUUCGUGGCGAACGUUCCUGUAUGUGGUCAUCCAUAUACCUGGAUCACUAUGGUGAAGAAGAUAGUGGACUCCGGAGAGGAAAGCCCUUAGUAUUAAAUGAAGCACGCUACUCAUUCCUAAAUAAUCUUUGGCGUAAUCACAGCUUGGAUCACACAUGCAAGAAUUUAGUGAUGUUAAAUGCAUUCUAGAGCCUGUUACUCUUAUUGCUGAAUGCCUUUAUAUCGGUCUAGAACCUGCAACUCUCUCCACCACCAUCAGUGAUGACUUCUCAGUCACAACCUGCAACUCUCACCACCACUGGCGAUACCGUCUAUGCCUGGAGCCUGCUAGUCUCACCUUUCUUGAUGUAGUAUGAAGUGAUAAUCUCAUCUUCGAUGUCUUCUAGGCCUGGAGCACACUCCUUAUCACCAUUUCCAUUAUUAUUGAUGAAUUAUUUACAGUAUCUAGUCUAGAGCCACUGCCAUUUACAUCAUUGUAGACACAAACAAAAGUAUAAAAAUCGCUGUACAGAAUAAUUGUAGGAAGUUGGUGUUAUGCAGUAGUUAAGAUGAUCUGUAUUAUAAUUUUUAUUAUUAUUUUGGUGUAUUAAGAUCCCAAUGGAAGCUACCAUAAUAAUUCCAAACCAACUUUACACUUUUAAUCUGAAAUGGUCAUAAAACUUUAAUGAUUAUGACACAGUUACUGUGAAUGAAAUAUUAAUUGACUGAUUGAUAAGGUUAGACUGGUUCAUUUUCCUUGUCAUUUCUUGUAAGGGUGGUUUGGGCUCUCACCUGUGAGGUUUGAGUUUUAAAAUUUCCUUAGACAAUUGGCCCUGUAUUCCUAUUGCCUUCAACCAGGAUUACAAGUGGAUAACUCUGGUAUGUUCAGGCAAGACUUUUUUUAUACCUUGUUUAGCAACCCUGCUGCCCGUCAAUAAUGAUGAUUUCAAAUAAAAAUAAAAAU